CUAUUCCACCUCAUGUUUAUACAGGCUCGUUAACACGAUAUUGGACAUUGGAACACAUAGCGAAGUUUUCAGAGGGUGUGUUACUGUUGAGCGUGCAAAUGGAUCAAAACGUCCAAAUUUCUUUAUACACGAAAUCAAAACAAUAUUCGGUGUCAUCUGCACCUGUUUCAGUUCCAAGAGAAACGAAUGUUGCUGAACUCAAUAAAUUGGUGAAAGUUCUACUGGAUGAAAGUGGAGAGACAACUACCUACCCGGAGUUCACAUUCCUGGUGAAUAAUGAAGUCCUCACUACAACUUUACAUGACUACCUAUCUGAAAAACAAGCUUUAUCUGAAACUAUUGACAUCGAAUUUUGUCCUAAACAAGGGCCACCAAAAUAUGAAAAGGAAUACGUUCAGGAUGAUCUGAUUAGCUGUGUAAAACGGCGUCAUAAAUACAUUCUGACAGGUGGCUAUGAUGGUACACUACACAUAUGGAGCAUAGACAACAAGGAUGCUGUCCUAUCGAUGGAGUUAGAAGAGAAAGUCAAGUGUGUUGAGUGGAUCAGUUUAGAUCAAAAGGAAAACAAGGCGGUAUUCGUGACAGGGGGAUUUGACCAGACUGCUCAAAUUUGGUCCUGGGAUAUGAAGUCGAAUACAGUUGAUUGCCUUGCAGUCUGUCGUGGACAUUCUGAAACUGUAAUGACUGUAGCCGCCCGACCACUCAGUGGAUCUGAUAACAAUCCGACACACUUUGCUACAGGGUCUUGGGAUGGAACUGUCAAACUUUGGUCAGCAGCAACUGAAUCUACUGAUUUAUCUGAAGAAACUGGUGGCAUCGCACAUAUCCGGAAAUCGACAAGCAAAAUACCUACUCGAAUUCCAUUAUUCACUCUGGCUGGACAUCGAGAAACUGUUACACGUGUUUGUUGGCUAACUACAGCCCUUACUAAUGAUGGUGAAGCAAAGAAAGGCGGAAACCAGUUAUUGUCUGUCAGUUGGGAUCAUAGUCUACGUAUUUGGGAUUGUGAGGCAGCUAAAGGCAACACUGGUGCUGAAGUCCGUUGCAUACUGUCUAACCAUGCAUUACAUGAUGCAGAUGUUUCUUCUCGUGGUGUUUUAACCGCCUCAUCAGAUAACACUAUUCGAGUGUAUGAUCCAAGAGCUGAUGCACCUUUGGUACUUUCCGGAUUCCAAGGACAUACAGGUUGGUUGACUUCAGUUGCUUGGGCACCUCAUAGAGAUGAUCAAUUCAUAUCUGGAUCAAUUGAUCGUAGUGUUCGUCUAUGGGAUACACGUAAUCCUCGUGCUUCUUUGUACGACUUGAUGGGGCAUGCUGAUAUGGUGACAGAUGUUGAUUGGGCUCCUGCAAUCGAGUCAUCAUCUACAGGUGUUAAAUCUACGCAUUAUAUUUUAAGCUCUUCAGCUGAUUCUACCAUCAAAGUUUAUCAUUAUCCAGAUUAAUGAAGUGCUGCACCUACACAAAGUCGUCAAAGCAUAUUAUUCAUCAUCAUUUUUGUUACAUUCCUUGAAAGCUGUAACAACUUUAACUUGUAUAGGCAUAAAAAAUGCUUAUCUUAAAAAAAUCAAUGUACAGAAAAUAUAUACACGUCAUCAUAAAUAUACAUAUUUCAAGUUAUUUCUUCAUAAAGUGUUUUUACUAUACAGUGUGAUAUGCUUUCUUUUCUCGUAUGUGUGAGCAAAAAUAUGUCUGAAAAUG